AUGGCUUUGGCCAUACUGCGUCGGCCUGGCUUCUACCGGCCCCCCCAAAACCUCUUUCACUCCUCCCGAUCAUACGCCCACGCCAGAAUGUAUAGCUUAUCAAGCUACAUUGUCUCGCCGGCCGAAGUCGACGAGGCACUGAAGAAGAAUGCCCCUUCGACCAUCAGUACUUCUCCCAGAGUCAUCCCUAUUUGCGCAGCUUGGUUCAUGCCAAAUGACCCAGAGGGCCGGAAGGGCAUAGAUUCCUUUAACAAGAAACGGAUACCGAAGGCGCGGUUCUUCGAUAUUGAUGGUGUGAAGGACCAUGAGAGCCCGUACCCCCAUAUGCUACCUACGUGCGACACCUUCGCGGAGGCCAUGUCGAAUAUGGGCAUUCGUAAGGACGAUGAGCUGGUGGUGUAUGACACAGAGGAGCUAGGGCUGUUUUCUGCACCGCGAGUGGCGUGGACGCUUCGAGUCUACGGUCACCCGAGAGUGCAUGUGCUCGAUAACUUCCGGCAGUGGUGCAAGGAGGGCUAUCCCAUCGAAGAGGGCCCGCCCGAGGUUCCUAACAUUACCAAGUAUCCUGAGCCGAGCUACAACACAGACAUGGUGGUCAAGUAUGCCGAAAUGAAGACGAUUGGGUACGAUCACGGCAAGGAGGGCGCAGAGGAGAUUCAGAUCUUGGACGCCCGACCGACGCCCAGAUGGGAGGGCAUUGCACCUGAGCCACGAGAGGGCCUGAAAAGCGGUCACAUGCCCGGCAGCACGAGUGUGCCUUUUCAGGAACUCCUGGACCCGGAGACCAAACAGCUGCUCCCGAAAGAAGAGUUGUACAAAGUCUUCGAAUCCAAGGGUCUUUCCAAGGAUAAGCCUACCAUCUCGACCUGCGGCAGUGGCGUGACGGCGGCAAUCAUUGAAGCAGCUCUGAAGGAGUCAGGUUUCGGCAAGUCUGAUGAUCGCAGACUGUACGAUGGCAGUUGGACUGAGUGGGCGUCGCGAGUGUCGCCGACCUCGGGUCUCAUCAAGACGAAGGAGAGCUAG